AUGGUGUCCACCCUGGAGGAUGCCAAGGCCGGCGGGGACCUCGUGAUGCUUUUGCUGAUGGACGUACAGGGUGCCUUCGACAGCCUCCCUCACGCAUAUGUCCAGCAGGGCCUGGACCUCCUCGGCAUCUGUGGCAACCUGCGGGAGUUCCUCUCGUCGUUCCUGCACAAUCGUACCCUCAGGGUACAUGUGGGUCGAUCGAAGAGUACCACCCGUCCAGUCGCUGCAAGUGGGCCACAGGAGUCAGUAGUGAGCCCCUUCCUUUUCAACUUGGCCAUGGCACGGUUACCUGCUGCCCUGCCGAUCGACCCUCACUACCCCGUGCAGUCCACAAUCUAUGCAGACGACAUCGCCCUAUGUGCGCGGGGACCACCUGAACACACCCGCAAGGCACGUGCGGCCCUGCAGAGAGCCCUGCACACUGUGGCUGCCUACUUGUGCAGCAUCGGCCUUACCAUCUCGGCCAGGAAGACCGAGGCCUUGCUGUUGCAUCUCAGAGCAGCAGCCCCCCGCUCAGCUGCCCGGCUGCGCUUGGAGGCCAUUCAGAUCCAAUGGAACAAGGCAGUCACCUACAUGGGGCUGCGCGUUGACCAUCGGCCUACUUGGCUGCCGGCUACCAAGGCCAUUGCGCCCAGACGCUUCGGGUGGGCCCUGCAGCUCUUUGAAGCUGCAGGCACUUCACGGCUGCUGUAUGCCCUUCCUUUUUCGGCGCUGCCCCCACCUCGCCUGCGCAAACUGUAG